CACUUGUCUCUGCCACUCACAAAACAAUAUAACUUAAUUGCCUUAAGGAACGUUCGAGACCACAGAGGUUUCUCUAGUCUUCUUCUGUGGAGAGCUUGUUUUCUCUUGUUCAUUCAUCUCACUUCCAAUUAAGGAACAAGCUUUCCACCAAUUUGAAUCACCAAUGGCUCGCUCUUUCUCCAACCUCAAGGUUCUCUCUGCUCUUGUCGCCGACGGAUUCUCCAACACUCUCACCAGGCGUGGGUACGCAGUAGCGACACAAAGCGCAACAAGAGGAGGAGCAGCCUCCAUCAGCGGCAAGUCAGGGGAAGACAAGGUACUAGGAGGAGGUGCUGAAAAGGUUUCGUGGGUCCCAGACCCUGUCACUGGUUACUACAAACCGGAGAACAUCAAAGAGAUUGAUGUUGCUGAGCUGAGAGCCACGGUUUUGGGCAAAAAAUUCAACCACUAGGCUCUACUUAAUUUCAAUAAUUAACCUUUUUGGUCUCACGUGAAUAUGUUAUAUGAUAUAUGAAGUUCACAGAACCUUCGGGGAUUAUUCAGCAUGGGGUUUUUUUCUUGUAUUUCUCUCUUGAGAAUUUGGACUAGCAUAUGACCAAAUUAAUGUUUACUAGUGUGAUUGGAUCUCCCGUUGAAAACUCAAAGCUAUGCUUCUGUUGAAUUCACUUUCGCCGAAUAAUAGGAGUAUUUUGAAUCUUUCUAUGCAAAAUAUCCAAAUGUACACGCUCUAUUAAGUAUGAACCCUCCUUUUCCGUUUUCAUUUC